AUGGCGACCAGCUCGGAGCGCAGUCCUCCUCCGUUCCCCGACUCCGAGGACCAAGACGAGGACGUCGGAGGCCGCGGUGAUGACGACGUGGACGACGGCGGUAACGAUGACGACGAGCUCUUCAGCGCAACCGAACCUCCGCUGACCAAAAUGGACACCACACUGCCACCUGCCAGUCAACCCAUUGACGUUUUAAUGGACUCUCCCACUGACAUCAUGGAUGAUCCCUUAAUCGAGCCUGUCAUUAGCCACACAGAAAACAAACCACCAAGCGAAGUCGUCAGCGAACCCUCAGAUGAUUUUGUCGACCUUACAAACAACAUAACCGACUCUCCCGAAGACGCAGCUGAAAGUGCCUUCGCUGAUGCUGCCAUAGACACAACUGAAAUCCCUUUAGAUGAACCCUCAGAUGAAUUUGUUGACAUAUUUGGAGGUGAAACUGAAGCUCCGAAAGAGGAAGUCGUGGUAGCAGAUGUUACUGUUGAAGCAGCAAUGGAUAAAAGUGAUGUGACCGAUCCACCUGUCGACAGGGAAACAGGAAGUGAUGAUGAACAGGAAGCAAAAGAAGCAUCCUCUGAUUCAAUCAUCGACCUCACUGAUGAUUUGCCAGCCAGUGUCCCACAACAGCCACCACCUGCCAGUGAAACAUUCGUCGACCCUCUGGUUGACUUCCUGAGUGAAGCCCCACCUGCUGCUGAUGCCAAAAUACCCAGCCGGGCCACGGUCGAUCUGUUCGAAGAUGAGGGAAGCAACUUGUUCACAGAACAACGGCAGACUAAAUCUGCCAAGCAGCUACAGAAAAGCCUCUUCGGUGAACCUGACGAGGAUCUGUUCGGUGAGCCGCUGGGCGCCACUUCAAAGAAACCCGUCAGCAAAGAGCCGAAGGGCAAACCUGUCACAACCAAAGCUUCUAGUGACGUGAGCGACACGGGUGGUCCUCUGCAAGACCGUAAUCCUGCAGAACCUUCCGAUAUCUUCUCUGAGGAAGCCGUCACCACAUUGCCCAGCAUAAAAAAGACCAGCAUUGCCAACUCCAAGGCUAAUGGAGUCCACUCUGAAGAGGAGACAGAUAUAUUUGCUGAAGCCACAGUGGAGCUUUCUCUCGACAGUCCGCGGGACGAGAGAAGGAAAGAUGUGACGGCCAAACCGUCUGGGUCUGCGUCUGCGUCCGCCCCCUCGCUGUCAGCAGCUGCCAGCCUGGUGAAGCCACAGUCUGCUGCCCUGGAGGAGUUGGAUGAAGAGGAAGAAGAAGAAGAAGAGCAGGAAGACAAAUUUGAGAUCUUGAUCUCUGUCAAAGACCCUGAAAAAAUAGGGGAUGGGAUGAACGCCUACAUGGCAUACAAAGUAACCACACAGACCCAACUGCCCAUGUUCCGCAACAAGACAUUUACAGUGAGGCGACGCUUCAGCGACUUCCUCGGCCUCUACGAGAAGCUGUCUGAAAAGCAUGGACCAAAUGGAUUUAUCGUGCCUCCACCGCCAGAGAAGAGCAUUCUGGGUAUGACGAAGGUGAAGGUGGGAAAGGAAGAUUCCUCAUCUGCAGACUUUGUUGAGAGAAGAAGAGCCGCUUUGGAGAGAUAUCUCCAGAGGGUCGUUCAUCACCCAUCACUCCUCCAAGAUCCGGAUGUCCGCGAGUUCCUGGAGAGAGAGGAAUUGCCCAGAGCAGUUGGCACCCAGGCUCUGAGCGGCGCCGGCUUCCUGAAGAUGAUCAACAAAGCAACAGAUGCUGUCAGUAAAAUGACCAUCAAGAUGAAUGAGUCAGACGUGUGGUUUGAAGAGAAGCUGCAGGAGGUGGAGUCAGCAGACCAGCAGUUCAGGAAGCUCCACGCGCUGGUCGAAUCUCUGGUCGUUCACAGGAAAGAACUUUCGUUAAACACAGCCGGUUUUGCCAAAAGCACGGCCAUGCUGGGCAGCGCAGAGGACAACACCGCUCUGUCCCGAGCUCUCUCUCAGCUGGCAGAGGUGGAGGACAAGAUGGAGCAGUUACACCAGGAACAGGCUACGAACGACACUUUCAGCUUUGCCGAACUCAUCGCAGAUUACAUCCGCCUGCUUGGAGCCGUGAGGGGGUCGUUUGAUCACCGGAUGAAGGCGUGGCAGCGCUGGCAGGAUGCUACGGCCGUGCUGCAGAAGAAGAGGGAGACUGAGGCCAAACUGCUUUGGGCCAACAAACCCGACAAGCUGCAGCUGGCCAAAGAGGAGAUCGCCGAGUGGGAGGCCAAGGUGACGCAGUAUGAGAGAGACUUUGACAAGGUUUCUGCUACUGUCCGCAAGGAAGUCGUCCGCUUUGACAAAGAAAAGGCCAGGAACUUCAAAAGAGAGAUCAUUAACUACUUGGAGUGUCUGCUUCAGUCUCAGCAACAGCUCAUAAAGUACUGGGAGGCUUUCUUACCAGAAGCAAAAGCAAUCGCCUAAUCCUCGAGCACCAGCCCUUUUGGACGACAAAACAGGCUGCCUUUUUCUUAUACACUUUACCUCUUGCCUUUAAACCAAGGAAUAUGCGCGCAUUGUAAAGGGAGAUACAAUCAACCUGUUUUUUUAAUCACCUCUAACAUAUAGCUCUGUACUCUAUUGUAUUAAUAAUUGUAUAUUUCCAUUUAACCUUCCACAAAUAUUUUCUUAAUAGAUGAAAAGAGUUUGCAUAUACAAAGAUAUGGACACACGGAAAAGAGAGAAUAGAUGAAUGAUUCCAUUAAUUUCCACAAGAGAAGGGAAAUGAACCGAGUCCGUUGUUCUCAGGAUUUUCUCCCUCGUGUGAUCAGGAGCUCCUUCACAUCAGCAGUGGUUACUUGUUUACAGCGCGGCUGCUCUCUCAUCAAAUAUUUCUGGGGACCCAGAUGAAGAAAGUGGCCAAGAGUCUGACUCUGUUUUUACCGACUCAAAGGGAUAAAAUAACAAUUAAAAAAAAAAUGAGAAUUAUGAGCACUUCCACCUGGUGGAUAAAGUACUUAAGUACCAGCCAUGUUUUUUUUGUUUUUUUGUUAGUCUUUCAGAUUUAAAAUACUAUUGAUGCUGAAGCGAGGGGUGCAGGGUGUUAGAGGCAUUAGAUUAUCCGUGUCUACAGCUGUGGUCAAGGGUUGCAUUGUAGGUCAAAGCUUGUGAGUUUAAUGUUUUAGAUAUGAUUUCAAUCAUAGUGCAAACUUUGAUCUUAUAACCACACAUGUCUGUGCCUUUUUACGUCAGAAUGGUGUUUUUGGGGAUAAUCCAGUUUGGGGGAAAUGGUUGUACACAGUUGUGGGCAGUGCACAGGCUUGUUAACCGUUACUUCAACAACAGCCAGUAUGAUGUGAUGAGUGUCAAUGCUGGGGGUUGAAGAACUGGUGUUCUCGUGUCUAAGCCCAUUUACUACAAAUUAAGUUGUGUUUUUUUUUUUAUAUAUAAUCUUGCUUAUAACUCUGGAAAGUAGCACAUUCAAAGAGGAAAAAAAUACUUUCCAGGCAGCCUAUUGAAUGUAUGAAAAUCAACCUGCACAGACUUGAAACGGGUAAUCCUCACCGUUGGCAUCAUGUCUGAGUCUUUCUCUAUGUCAAGGUUGCGUCAUUGUUGUGUGGUAAUCUAGUACAUUAAGUGUCAGCCAAGCAACAUGACUCACUUUGAGAAAAACACAGUAAAUGCUGACAUGUCCAUUUUAUUGAAUAGCUUUCCCAAGAAAGUUUCAAGCCUCUGCAAGUAGAUUUUCACGCUCUGGAAGUGAAAUGAAUGGAAAGCAAAGGCGGCCUGGAUUGUUGGGUUCUGAGUUCUGCUUAAAGAUGUGGUUGGCAGUUAAAUGAGGGCUGCAAAUAACACUUAUUUUCAUUAUGUUUUAUUCUCUCAAAACAAAUGUAAUUGUUUAGUCUAUAAAAUGAAACAAAUGAAUUGCAAAGAUGUUUCCCAGAUCCCAAGAAGACGUCUUGAAAUAGUUUUAUAUGACUAACAAUUAGAUUCUGCUUUUUAUUUUAAAGGUACCCUGUGGAGUUUUUGACCAGAACUGGAGGUAUUGGUCCCAUUUUUGUUACUAUUUCAUUGGUGAUGCGAUUGUUUCACUUUUUUCCCCGCUGAUCAACAGUUGUUGGCAGUGACGUGCCAAGAAACACAGCAAUGUGCCAACCAAGGCAAUGAAUAAAUAGACAGCCAGAUAGUUAACAUGUAGAUUUCAAAUUCUUCCACCAAAAGAAAACGAAAAUAAGAUACUUAAUGCACUUUGGUGAGAAAAGGUGAAUGUAUACAUACGAAAAAAAUCAACAGGGUACCUUUUUAAUUUCUAAAGCAGAUAAGAAGCAGACGCUCACAUUUGAGAAAAUAGAACCAGCAACUGUUGGGCUUUUUUGCAUGACAAAUUAUAUUCAUCCGAAUUUGUGUUGAUUUAUUGUGUGACGAUCUUGUAUUAAUUUCAGCACUAAAUGAUACUGUGUGUAGUAAAUGGGCAACAACGUGCUAAAGAAAUGACUUGAUACUGACUCGUGGACAUGAAAAUAAUGUUAAAUACUUAACGUACUGAUGUCAUGAUGAACCUGAUGCCUGCUGUCUGACAAGUUGAGUUUUAACAUCAAACCGUUACAAACCCGUCACAUGUGGCACGGCGGCCAUCUUUUGAUUACAGCUUUAAAUUCACAUUUGCACACACUUAAAGCCGUGUAGUGACGAGCUACUCUGUAUCCUUUGUUGUCAUCUGUUAACAUGCAGACUUUUCUUUACAGUUUAAAAAAAAAUCAAAAAUCAAUAUAAGACAUUUUUUUUUUUCAACUGUUAAACCGCACUCAGAUAACACUGGUUGUUUGUGCGGCCUCAUACUGUAUGUCAUCACUUGUCAAUGUGCAGAGCAAUGUCAGCACUGUGUCAUAGAAUUUCCUUUUAAAACAAAUCAAUAAAAGUUGCACUGUUUACACUUGGAAAUUUCAUUAAGAA